AUGAACAAUUACCCUUCUCAAACACUUUCACCUAUAUAUCCCUAUUCAGUAGUUCAUCAAUAUCCUCCACAACCAUAUUAUUAUUCCUAUAAUGAAUAUUCAUCAUCACCGUUGUUAUCACCAACAUCAUAUAUUUCUCAACCUCAUGAUCGAUACUCAUCAGUAGUUAAAUACUAUGAUGACGCAGACGCUUAUAUUUCUGAAUAUUAUCAUCAUAAUAAUCAUUCUCAUCAUUCUAACCAACGACAAUAUUCGAAUAAUCAAAGAUUAAAUAGAGCGCGAACUGGUUCAAGUCAAUCCCAAGCGACAACACUAAUCAAUGACAAUUCUUUUCGCUCAAUAACUGGUCAUCAAGAACGAAGUGAAUAUGAAACAAAAAAUACUAUGAAUGAAAAUGAUAAUCGUGAACAUGUUAUUACUAAACGUGAUAAUAAAAAAACAACAACAACAACAACAACAACAAAUAGUUUAUAUAAAUCAUUAACUCCAACAGAAUUUCUAAAUAAAACACAAUCAGAAAUUAGACAAGAAUUUCGUAAAAUGCCAAAUCCACCAGCUAAAGAUACACAUGCAGCAAGAGAGGAACGAAAUCUUGAUAAAUCACGUUAUCGAGAUGUUAUACCGGGUGAAGCAACUCGUGUGAAACUUCAACCAGAUGGAGAUGAUAAACAUGAUUUUAUUAAUGCUAAUUAUGUUAGUGGACAUAAUAAUCAGGAAAAAGCUUAUAUAUUUACUCAAGGACCACUUCCAACCACAGUUAAAGAUUUUUGGCGUAUGAUAUGGCAAGAAAAUAUUGUUAUUAUUGUCAUGACAACAAAUAUACGUGAAACAGGUACUAUGAAAUGUUUUCCAUAUUGGCCAAUGGAUUCUAAAGAAGUUCUUAAUGCUGGUUUAUAUCAAAUACAAAAUGAAAAAUCAGAAAAAUUCGAUAGUUUUGUAGUAACAACAUUAUCAUUAAGAAAAAAAAAUAAUUCAGAAAAUCGAACUAUUUAUCAUGCACAUUAUCUUAAAUGGCCUGAUCAUGGUAUACCAUCAAAUACAAAGGAUGCUUUAUUAUUUCUUGAUAAAGUUGAAUAUUAUCGACAAUUAACAAUGACAAAAGCACCUAUUCUUCUUCAUUGUUCAGCUGGUAUUGGACGUACAGGAACAUUUUGUGCAAUUGAUAUUGGAAUUAAAAGAUAUUUAGAAAAGAAGAUUAUUGAUAUACCUUCAACAGUACAUAAGAUGAGAACAGAACGUGCUGGUAGCGUUCAAACAGAAGAUCAAUAUUUAUUUGCUUAUUUAGCUAUGAUGGAUUAUAUAAAACAACAACAAGCAUUACAAGAAAGAAUCAAUGAAUCAAACAAAUCUUCUGAAACGAAUUUCAUUGAUACAUUCGAUGAACCAAUAAUACAAGACACCGAAUUCGAUGACCAUAUAACUAAAUCAUCACGAUCAAAGUUAUAUGCAAAGAAAGCUCAUGAUUUAGAACAAAUAAAUCAAUUUCUAGCAGGUAGUUCUGGUAAAAUGGCAAAUUUACAAGAACCCACAUCGCAGCGAGGAAAAACAUUAAGUGAUUCAUCUGUUUCAGCCGUUCAAUAUUUAACACCAUCUACAACAACAUUUUAUACUGAACCAAGUCGACAACGAUCUUCAACAGAACAUAUUUCAACAAUGCCAACUAUGCUACCGGGCAAUCCAAAUAAUAAAAAAGCUCGUAAAUAG